AUGGGAUUGGUCAAGGGAAAUUGUGGUUGUUACUGGGGGAUCAAGGGGCAUUGGAGCAGAAAUUGUUCGCCUGUUUGCGAAAUCGCAAAUAAAAACUAUUAUUCUAGACGUGGUAUCGCCCCAAGAAGAACUUUUUGGUCAGUAUCUAAUAAAAGCCUUGUACACCUAGACGCUAACAGCUUAAUGAUAGAUUAUGAGAAUGUGUUUUACUAUACCACAGACAUUACCUCUAACAAAGCUAUCAUCGAAAGUUCAGAAAGGAUCCGACAAGAUCAUGGAAAUCCUUCAGUUCUAAUCAAUAACGCUGGGGUUGCUAACGGAAAGACCAUUUUAGAAGAAAGUGAAGAUGAACGUCGCCGUGUCUUCAAUGUCGACAUAUUAGCCCAUUUUUCACUUGUGCGCGAAUUCCUUCCAGAUAUGAUUAAACAUAAUCACGGUCAUAUUGUUACAGUUGCUAGUACAGCAAGCUUCUUAGCUAGACCACAGCUUGUUUCAUACUCUUGUUGUAAAACCGCACUUAUUGCCUUUCACGAAGGGUUGAGUCAAGAAUUGAGAAUGCGGCAUAAUGCAAGAAAAGUUCGGACAACGUAG